AUGGUUGAUCAGCACAAUUCCAAGUGGCUCGAGGAUCAGCAAGGGCAUAUUUUGAGAACGCUGAUUGAUCAGCACAUUUCCGAACCGCAAAACACCGAGUCGCCAUCCAUCAACGAACCUCAGCCCGGCGACAUGUUCCAAUCCAUCAGCAAGCGUGACAUGAUUCUCCAGGAGGCUCGCGUCGCCUUACGUGGGGAGCGCCUUCCCUAUGACUAUGUAAACGGACUCCUCUACUGCGUCAUCCGCGGCAUACGACACAACGAAGCCUUUGCCAGGUCUCAAGAGGUC